GAAGUCUUCGCCUCUACACUCUCUCCAGAUCUCUCAUCUCCGAGAGAUCGCACAGCCUUUUCCUCUCAAUUUGGCCGGAAUAUUAUCGCCGGCGAUUCAAUCGAACCAAGUCCUCAUAGAUCAUAUCCACAUCUGAUACGCAGUCGUUUUGAUCUCUUCUGCCACCACCAUGGCGGCCGCUAACGCUCCGAUUACUAUGAAAGAGGCACUCACGUUGCCCAGCGUAGGGAUCAGUCCUCAGUUUAUCACGUUUACCAAUGUCACAAUGGAGUCGGAUAAGUUCAUAUGUGUGCGUGAAACAUCACCUCAGAACAGUGUGGUGAUCAUUGAUAUGAGCAUGCCCAUGCAGCCGCUGAGGAGGCCAAUUACUGCUGACUCUGCUCUCAUGAAUCCUAAUUCCAAGAUACUCGCUUUAAAAGCUCAACUGGCGGGAACUACUCAAGACCACUUACAAAUAUUUAACAUCGAGAUGAAAGCCAAAAUGAAAUCCCAUCAGAUGCCUGAGCAGGUUGUCUUUUGGAAGUGGAUUACCCCUAAGAUGUUGGGCAUAGUAACCCAAACCUCGGUAUAUCAUUGGUCAAUUGAGGGUGAUUCUGAGCCCACAAAGAUGUUUGAUAGAACAGCCAAUUUAGCAAACAAUCAAAUCAUUAACUACAGAUGUGAUCCAUCUGAGAAAUGGUUGGUGGUGAUUGGAAUUGCCCCUGGUUCCCCAGAGAAACCUCAGCUAGUAAAAGGAAACAUGCAGCUGUUUUCUGUUGAUCAGCAGCGCAGUCAAGCUCUUGAAGCACAUGCAGCAGCAUUUGCAUCUUUCAAGGUUCCUGGAAAUGAGAAUCCUUCAAUUCUUAUAUCUUUUGCAACGAAAAGCUCUAAUGCUGGACAAGUUACAUCAAAGCUUCAUGUCAUUGAGCUUGGUGCCCAACCAGGCAAACCCUCAUUUACUAAGAAACAGGCAGAUCUGUUUUUCCCACCUGACUUUGCAGAUGACUUUCCAGUUGCAAUGCAGAUAUCCCACAAAUAUAGUUUGAUAUAUGUAAUUACCAAACUAGGGCUUCUGUUCGUGUACGACCUUGAAACGGCUACUGCUGUUUAUAGGAAUAGGAUAAGCCCAGAUCCUAUCUUCCUUACCUCUGAAGCCUCAUCAGUUGGGGGCUUCUAUGCUGUAAAUAGACGUGGUCAGGUGUUACUUGCAACCGUAAAUGAGUCAGCAAUAGUGCCUUUUGUCAGUGGCCAACUGAACAACCUGGAACUUGCUGUCAAUCUUGCUAAAAGAGGAAACCUUCCUGGUGCUGAGAACUUGGUCGUUCAACGAUUUCAAGAACUAUUUGCUCAAACCAAGUACAAGGAGGCUGCUGAACUUGCUGCAGAGUCUCCUCAAGGAAUUCUCCGUACACCAGAUACAGUGGCAAAAUUUCAGAGUGUACCUGUGCAAGCUGGGCAAACACCGCCAUUGUUGCAGUACUUUGGAACCCUAUUAACUAAAGGGAAGCUGAAUGCUUUCGAGUCGUUGGAGCUAUCUCGUCUUGUUGUCAAUCAGAACAAGAAGAAUCUUUUGGAGAAUUGGUUGGCUGAGGACAAGCUGGAAUGCAGUGAGGAGCUUGGAGAUCUUGUGAAGACCGUGGACAAUGAUCUUGCAUUGAAAAUUUACAUCAAAGCAAGAGCUACACCAAAAGUUGUUGCAGCUUUUGCCGAGCGGAGGGAGUUUGACAAAAUUUUAAUUUACUCCAAACAGGUUGGGUACACACCUGAUUAUUUGUUCCUUCUGCAAACGAUUCUUCGAUCAGAUCCUCAGGGUGCUGUUAAUUUUGCCUUGAUGAUGUCCCAAAUGGAGGGAGGUUGUCCAGUUGAUUAUAACACAAUUACAGAUCUUUUUCUUCAGAGGAACUUAAUACGUGAGGCAACAGCUUUCCUCUUGGAUGUCCUUAAGCCCAAUCUGCCUGAACAUGCUCACCUGCAAACCAAGGUUCUCGAAAUCAAUCUUGUGACAUUCCCUAAUGUUGCUGAUGCCAUAUUAGCAAAUGGGAUGUUCAGUCACUAUGAUCGUCCUCGUAUUGCUCAACUUUGUGAGAAAGCAGGCCUUUUUGUCCGAGCCCUUCAGCAUUACAGCGAGUUGCCAGAUAUCAAACGUGUCAUCGUCAACACUCAUGCAAUUGAGCCCCAGUCUCUAGUAGAAUUUUUUGGGACUCUAUCAAAGGAGUGGGCCCUGGAGUGCAUGAAGGAUCUUUUGCUGGUCAAUCUAAGGGGUAAUCUUCAGAUAAUUGUUCAGGUUGCCAAAGAAUACUGCGAGCAGCUGGGUGUUGAUGCAUGUAUCAAACUCUUUGAGCAAUUUAAAUCAUAUGAAGGCUUAUACUUCUUUUUGGGGUCGUAUUUGAGUUCCAGCGAGGAUCCUGAUAUCCACUUUAAGUACAUUGAGGCAGCUGCAAAGACUGGACAAAUCAAGGAAGUUGAGCGGGUAACAAGAGAAUCUAACUUUUAUGAUGCCGAGAAGACCAAGAACUUCCUAAUGGAAGCCAAGCUUCCUGAUGCAAGGCCGUUGAUUAAUGUGUGUGACCGUUUUGGCUUUGUCCCUGAUCUCACUCACUAUCUCUAUACCAACAACAUGCUCCGUUAUAUUGAAGGUUAUGUUCAGAAGGUCAACCCCGGGAACGCACCUUUAGUUGUAGGACAGCUUCUAGAUGAUGAGUGUCCUGAGGAUUUCAUCAAAGGUUUGAUUCUAUCUGUUCGUUCUCUGCUUCCAGUUGAGCCCCUUGUGGAUGAGUGUGAGAAGAGGAACCGUCUGCGGUUACUAACUCAGUUUUUGGAGCAUCUUGUGAGUGAAGGAAGCCAAGAUGUGCAUGUUCACAAUGCGUUGGGUAAAAUUAUCAUAGAUAGCAAUAACAAUCCAGAGCAUUUCCUCACCACCAAUCCCUAUUAUGAUUCACGCGUUGUCGGUAAAUACUGUGAGAAGCGUGAUCCUACACUUGCUGUUGUUGCCUACCGUAGAGGUCAAUGUGAUGAAGAACUUGUCAAUGUCACUAACAAGAAUUCUCUCUUCAAGUUGCAAGCCAGAUACGUUGUCGAGCGAAUGGAUGCUGAUCUCUGGGAUAAGGUUCUCAACCCCGAGAACGAAUACAGAAGGCAACUUAUUGAUCAAGUCGUCUCUACCGCUUUGCCUGAAACCCAAAGCCCUGAGCAGGUUUCUGCAGCUGUUAAGGCUUUCAUGACUGCUGAUCUUCCCCACGAGCUAAUCGAGCUUCUUGAGAAAAUCGUUCUUCAAAACUCCGCUUUCAGUGGAAACUUCAACCUUCAAAACCUGCUCAUUUUAACCGCCAUUAAAGCUGACCCAUCACGAGUCAUGGACUACAUCAACAGAUUAGACAACUUUGACGGUCCUGCAGUUGGUGAGGUGGCUGUAGAAGCACAACUGUAUGAAGAAGCAUUUGCAAUAUUUAAAAAGUUCAACUUAAACGUGCAAGCAGUAAACGUUCUAUUGGAUAAUAUCCAAAGUAUUCCACGCGCUGAAGAGUUUGCCUUCCGUGUUGAAGAAGAUGCUGUCUGGAGCCAGGUGGCGAAAGCUCAACUAAGAGAAGGGCUAGUAAGUGAGGCGAUAGAGUCAUUCAUUCGAGCCGAUGACGCGACACAAUUCUUGGAUGUUAUUCGUGCUUCUGAAGACACCGAAUGCUACAAUGAUUUGGUGAAAUAUCUACUAAUGGUUAGACAAAAGAUCAAAGAGCCGAAGGUGGAUAGUGAGCUCAUAUACGCGUAUGCCAAAAUUGAUAGGUUGAGUGACAUCGAGGAGUUCAUUCUCAUGCCUAAUGUUGCUAACCUCCAAAACGUUGGUGAUCGUUUGUUUGAUGAAGCGUUGUAUGAAGCUGCUAAGAUAAUAUAUGCUUUUAUCUCCAACUGGGCCAAGCUUGCUGUCACACUUGUGAGGCUACAACAGUUUCAAGGUGCUGUUGAUGCUGCUCGUAAAGCCAAUAGUGCAAAGACAUGGAAAGAAGUUUGCUUUGCUUGUGUUGAUGCAGAAGAGUUCCGCUUGGCUCAAAUUUGUGGUCUCAAUAUUAUUGUUCAGGUGGAUGAUCUGGAAGAGGUGAGUGACUACUACCAAAACAGAGGAUGCUUCAACGAGCUAAUAUCUCUAAUGGAGAGUGGUCUAGGUUUGGAACGUGCUCACAUGGGCAUCUUCACAGAGUUAGGUGUUCUUUACGCCAGAUACCGUCACGAGAAGCUUAUGGAACACAUUAAACUUUUCUCAACUCGUUUAAAUAUCCCAAAACUAAUCCGUGCUUGUGAUGAACAACACCAUUGGAAAGAACUCACCUAUUUGUAUAUCCAAUAUGAUGAGUUUGAUAAUGCUGCAACUACUGUCAUGAAUCAUUCUCCAGAAGCUUGGGAUCAUAUGCAGUUCAAGGAUAUUAUCGUCAAAGUAGCAAACGUUGAGCUUUAUUACAAGUCUGUUCACUUUUAUCUCCAAGAACAUCCUGAUCUUAUCAAUGAUGUUCUCAAUGUUCUUGCACUACGUGUUGACCAUACUCGUGUCGUCGACAUUAUGCGCAAGGCGGGACAGCUUCCUCUUGUGAAACCAUACAUGGUUGCAGUUCAGAGCAAUAACGUGUCUGCUGUUAACGAGGCGUUAAAUGAAAUAUAUGUUGAAGAGGAAGACUAUGAUAGAUUACGUGAAUCUAUUGAUUUACAUGAUAACUUUGACCAGAUCGGCCUGGCACAGAAGAUUGAGAAACACGAGCUACUUGAGAUGAGACGUGUUGCAGCGUAUAUCUACAAGAAGGCAGGCAGAUGGAAGCAAUCAAUUGCAUUAUCCAAAAAGGACAAGGUGUACAAAGAUGCCAUGGAGACCGCCUCACAAUCUGGAGAUCGUGAGCUUGCUGAAGAGUUGCUUGUUUAUUUCAUUGAGCAGGGAAAGAAAGAAUGCUUUGCUUCUUGUCUCUUUGUUUGCUAUGAUUUAAUUCGUCCAGAUGUUGCCGUUGAACUGGCCUGGUUGAACAACAUGAUCGAUUUUGCUUUCCCAUAUCUGCUUCAGUUUAUCCGCGAAUAUACUGGCAAGGUUGAUGAACUAAUCAAGGACAAGAUCGAAGCGGCGAAGGAGAGUAAAGCUAAGGAGAAUGAAGAGCAGGAUAUCGUUAAGCAACAGAACAUGUACGCCCAACUACUGCCACUCGCUCUACCUGCACCACCAGGUAUGAUGGGUGGCGCUGGAUAUGGUCAACCAGGACCACCACCGCCAAUGGGUGGAAUGGGAAUGCCGCCAAUGCCACCGCCGUUUGGCAUGCCUCCGAUGGGUUCUUACUGAUUUUGUGAUGGUGAAGAGGAGAAAUUUACAUGGGUUCCACUUAGUACGGACAACUUUCUUGUGGUUAAUAAUAGAAUAAUAAUGAGUAUCGUUAUGUGUUUUUGUAGCGUGUGGAUAAGCUUUUCUUGUAAUUCUUUGGGUAGCCAUAGCUGAGGCAUUUUAUUUUUGUUGUUGCUGCUGGUAGCGCAGCGUGACGGGUAUAAUUAUGUAUUGUGUACUAGAUGAAUGGGUGUAUAUGGUACUUUUUCCAUGCUUUCAUAUCUGUGCUGACCUAAAUAAUUUCGUUCCAA